UAAAUAAUUAUUUGUCAAUAAGAUACAUGAUCAUGUUUUACUAAAUUGAUGGACUGAAAAUUUUUGAUUGAAAGGAUAAAGUUUAAGAAGAAAAUGUGUUAAAGAAGAUGGAACAUGAUAAAGAAAAGGAAGAAGACGAAGACGAAAAAGAUAAACAAAAUGAGGAAGAGGAUAAAAAGAGAGAUAGAAAACCGAAACUGUGACAACAAAGAAAAUAUUCAAAAGGAAAUGUAAAUCAAUAUGGUGAGCUGAUUAUCCAAAUCGAGGAGAAAAAAAGAAAAACAAAUAAUUAAUAUGUAACUCUACAAGUAACGUUAUUGAACUUGAAAGAUUUCAGGAUUAAAUCAUGUGGUCAGGAACAGUUGGUCUUGUUAAUGGUCAACACAAAUAUCUAACUGCUGAAACCUUUGGAUAUAAAAUUAACGCCAAUGGAGUUGCUCUUAAAAAGAAGCAGCAAUGGUCAAUUGAACCUUUCCCUUUAUCCGGUGGGUCAACUGUUGGUUCCAAUGGGGCAAAUGGAACCGCUGCUGCCGCUGCGGGUUCGCUCGAUGAAUUAGCUGAACUUGAAAUUGUCGCUCUAAAAUCGCAUCUUGGUUGUUACCUUGAGGUUGACAAUUUUGGAAAUGUAAUCUGUGAAAACAAGGAACGAUCGGAAGGAGCCCGUUUCAUCAUCAACAUUUGUGUCAUGUCCAAUGAGAAGGGAGUCUCUUCGAUUUACUGGGCUUUUCGAAAUUCUCGAGGCUACUAUUUAGGUGCCACCGGUGAUGGAAUGACCUGUUGCGUCGCUAAACAACCUCAAUCACGAGCAGAACUUUGGCACGUUCACCUUAUACCCGCUCGAGGUGCUACCAUGUUCGCCCUUAAAUCGGUUGGCCGUAAACGUUAUGCACGAACCCAAGUAACUUCGGAGAACGGCCCUAACGGUACCAAUAACAAUAACAACAACAACAACAUUAUCAAUAACAAUAAUAAUGUUAACAGUAAAAUCAAUGACCCAUCAGCUGUUGAUGAACAGGUACAAGUUGAUGCGACAACACCUUGGGGAUCGGAGACAUUGUUUCAAUUUAAAUACUAUGAAAGCGGACGAUAUGCCCUUUUAACCUCAACCUGUAAAUAUUUAACCUCAGAGGGUAAUUGUAUUGAAUUUAAGGCUGGAUCAAGUGCUAACGGUUCAGGUACCAACGGAGUUGCCGCUAAGAUUGCUGGUUUUACCAAUGGUUCGGGUUCAUCUGGACCUUCAUCUUUGGCCUCAACUUUUCCCGUUCUACCACCGGCUGAAUGUCUUUUCACCAUUGAAUAUCAUGGCGGUUUCAUUGCUUUCCGUGAUAUAAAUGGCCGUUAUUUAGCUGGAACUGGACGUGCUUCCGUACUACGAACUCGAUCCAAUAAUGUUUCUCGUGAUGAACUGUUCACCUUUGAAGAAGCACCAAUUCAGAUCGCACUUCGAGCCGAUUUCAACAAUAAAUGGGUCAGCGUUAAACAAGGAGUUGAUUUAUCUGCCAAUCAGAAUGAAAUUACUACUCAAUUUGAAACCUUUCAACUUCAAUACGAUAAAAGUAACGACACUUGGCACAUAUUGACCAAAGACGGAAACUAUUGGGCUCUUGGUGCCGCUUCAACCAUUCAGGCCUCAUCACGGGAUGAGAAAUCUGGCCUACACUUUAAAUUGAAGUGGAACGAAGAUGGAACAUGUUCAAUUCUGUUGUCCAGCGACCCAGGAGCUCAUGAAGGUGACAUGAAAUGGAUCUGUAAUCGUAAAUCGGGUCAACUUUGCACUGGAACUUCUGAUCCGGUCAAAUUUUACCUAAUGUUCUGUAAUCGAACCUCACUUAACCUAAGAUCUAUUUCGGGAAGCGGUUUUAUUGGACUUAAAGGUCCAGGCUCGGGUAAACUGGAAUCGAGUAAAACUUGUCCCGAUUCAAUUAAAGUUGAAUAUUGUUCAGCUGAAGGUAACGGUGAUUCCGAUGAUACCGCUCCCUUUAAUUGCUGCUUCUUCAAGAUGCCGGCCAACAACAAGUACUGGUCAAUUGUUGACGCUGGUUCGGUUGCUUGUGACUCGACCUCACCCACUUGCGCUCAACGUUGGGUCAUGGAACUACGAACUGGCUCAUGUAUUGCCAUUCGAGCUUACGAAAAUGGCUCUUACUUAACCCUCACCGGUCAAGGGGCCAUUCAGGUGGCCAAUGUCUCACCUAAAGACGCAACUCUAUGGGAAUUUUAAUUGCUACUCUUUUAAACUUUUUUUCCAUGUCUUUUCAUUUGAAUAAUAUGAUUAACUAAUCAACUUGAAAAGAUGAUGAUUUAGUUUCCAAAUGUGAUUCCAAUGAAACAAAAAAAGAAAACAAUUAACGAAAUUGCCAAAAUUAAUCAAUUUACUUAAAAAAUUUUCACAUCUUUUGCAAUUAAAAACAAUCCAAACAACAAUUUAAACUUUUAAAAGUCAUCAGGAUUUAAUAUUAACAUUUAACUGAACUUUCUUAAUUAAUCAACUUCAAUCUCCAUCAUGAUUAUAAUUGAUAGGCAACAAUUUAAUUCUCCCCUUACAUUUGUACUUUCAUAAUUUUGGCCAAUCAAGUCAAUAACAAAAAUUAAUAACCUUAAUUGUAAUCAUUUGGUUAGCUGAAACAAUCAAGACAAUUUAAGUCUCAUUUAUAUUGAUCAACUUUUUUUCACUGAUUUUUUUUACUUGUAUUGUCAUAAUUUAAGUUUGAAUAAUCAAUUAAACAUAAUAAUGAUAAUUAAAUUUGA